GAUGACGCAAUUAGCCACGCCUCUUACCCUCUGCUUCAUGAUGAUGGACUUAACAGUUUUCUAAGUUUUCUAUAGUUUAACCUCUUUAAAUCGCUGAAAAUGGCGGAUGAGGCAGAAAACUCUCCCCUUCUCCAUGCGGAGGCGAGUGAAGUUGAUCUUCACCACUCCUCCAUGCCAAACCAUGUCCCGUCCCCUCCACUGUAUCAAGAAGAGGCUCCUCCUCCAUACUGGGCGGUGCCAGCUGUUGGCUCCACCUCCCUGUUCUGUGGUGUAUGUGGAGCUCAGAUCGCGAUGAACGCUAACAGCGGCCAGCAGAUUGUGAAAUGUGGGGUGUGUCAGGAGGCCACGCCUAUAAGUAGUCCCCCUGCAGGAAAGAGGUUUGUGCGCUGUUCAUGCCAUUGUCUCCUGAUCUGUAAGACCUCCUCACAGAGAGUGGCGUGUCCCCGUCCUCAGUGUAAGCGAGUGAUCGAGCUGACUGGUCAAGGUCUGAGCAGCGCAGUGGUGCAGUAUUAUGGGACGCGAGCGAGCUGUGGACACUGCAGCCAAACGUUCCUGGGCCCUCAGUCAGGAGAGAAGAGUGUUCGAUGUCCUCACUGCCGUAAAGUGAGCUUUAUUGGAACAGAGUACCCCAUGAAGCGCUGUGUGUACUUCUCCCUGAUGUCCAUCUUCUUUGCCAUCGUCGCUGGAGGACUAAUCGCUGCCACAGUGGGCGAGGCGAGGGAUUACAACGCCAUCUAUGCCCUCUGGACAUUUCUGUUGGUGUUGAGUGUGGGAUGUGCGUGCUGGGCAGUGUAUUGGGCUCGGAUUAAAAUCAGCACACCUCUGCAGAGUUAAUCUGUGUAAACCCCAAUUCUGAACUUCUCCGUGUCGUAAAAUCGGGCAUCACGAUUCAUCGGUACGUAAAUCUAAUCUGUGAAUCAGAAGAACACAAUCGAUAGUCUUGAUAAUCAUGUGUAAUAUUUGAAAUUUAUAAAAAGGAUAAAAUAAGUAAUUUAAUUCACAAAUACAUUAAUAAAUCUGCUACCACAAUCAAUCAACAUUAGCCCAUCAGCUAUUUCUAGCUCACCAAUAUUACCGCUGAUCAUGAUUAUGUAGUAUUAUAUUUUACGAUACUGAAUGUGUUUUGCUACGUUUUCCAAUGACGAGUAGACGUAGGAAUGAAGCGGUUACCGGUUUCACGAUAAACCACGAUAAAAUUCCCCGACGGUUAGUGUUACCGUGUCACAUUUAAUUAUUAUUAAAACCGUGCGUGAUUAUCCUGAUUUGUAAAACUCGCGGUAAAUGCUGCACACACACACACACACACACACACACACACACACACACACACACAAUCCCCAGCACGAGUCUGACGCAGGUGCAGCAUGCAACAUUGUUUUUUGAACGUGAAAACAGACAUUACAAUUAAAAACUGAAGGCGUCUGCUCAAUUCAGCAUGAGCCGAAUGAGUCAGAGUUCAUUUAUCACGUGAUGAAAAUGAGGCGCGCGGACUGACGGGAAGAUGGCGGAAGAUUUGGUUUAAUAUAAGUGCGUCUGUCAUUGUACUGUUUGUUGUCUUUUUCAUUAAGAACGAUAAUUAACCCACCAUUAAAGCAAUUGCAGCCUUCAAAUUGCUGCUAAUUUGGAAGCGAAAGUGAAAUGUGCGCACGGGCGUUCGUAACCGAUGAAGAAAUAUAUACUUUAAUCUAAUGUACAAUCUAUUAUACAUAGAUCUACAAUCUAUAAUCUAUAAUCUAUUCAAAUUUGCAUAAUGAUUGACAGUGGUGUAUUAAUGCCAGUCUAAACACUCCCCAAAACAGGUGACAACAGUGAGAAAGAUGAAGCAAAACACUUAUUUUUACACAAGUUGGGUUUUUGCAUUAUUGUUAAAAUAGCGCCACUGCUGCUACAUGCUAAUUAUCCAGAGGCUAGAGUUUACAUUUCUACACGUAGGCAUCAUCCGAGUCACUUAUUUACACUAUGCGUACUAUUUUUACAAUAUUUUCUAUUUAGAUUCUACAUUAACAAACACACUUUACACUGACACUGCUUUUCUCUCAUUUGAUCAAUUGAAUCAAUUGUGAAUCAAACUCCUAAAAAUGAUGGGGAUAAAUUUGGCGAGAACAUUUCUAUAUAUGUAUAUAUUUUUUUUACAUUAAUAUAUAUUUGAACAAAAAUAAUAAAGAAGGUGUGAUUCUUAAACAGGAACUGUGUUGUGUGAUGUU